AUGGCCAAUAUUGACCACAGUAUAUUCACAGUCCAUGUAUGCACAUUGAAUCUGUGUCCUGCGCUGUGCAAGUACUCCGCAGCCCUAACAGUCCAGGCCGGAGGAGACUUUGGUCCCUCGCUGCCUUCGUCUUCGGGUACCGGCUACACCAUCACAGCCACUACAGAACACGCAACGGCGCACCAUAACAGCGCGAGACACGAACAACACCCAGCGCCAGACAAGCAGACAGAGUCUCCAUUUUUCCAGAGCACGCCGCUUGCCCACCCAAGCACCCAAGCACCAGUAGCCCCUAGACCCUCCACGGCAACAACCUUCCGUGCCAUCCGCCCACUAGAGGAGCUUCUACCCCCGAAGCGAGACCUCCCGUUUGCGAACCCGGUCGCGAAGCGAGCGUGUACGACAACGGCGAGACCCGCUACGGUUGCACACGGAUCGGGGCCGUCUCGAGGACCGAUUUGCCGCGCAGAGGCAGCUAGGAACCUCGCAGGACCGGUAUCAAGCCUAGAUUCGUGGAACACACAAAUCCAACAAAGACCCGAGCCCCAAAGCUCGAAACUUCUCACUUUGAAAUAUCACCAUUCCACGCCUAAUAUCCUCGACACAGCAACCCACCUACCACUGCCACAGCCACUACCAACAACAACCAGCCCUAGCUGUGUCAUCUCAUCCGAUCAAAAUACCAACGCCCCCAGUACCAAGCCAAAACCCUCCCCCAGCACCAUUCACAAAUCUCCCCAGCAGCCGCAGCAGCACCCAAACGAACUCACCAUGCUAGACCUAUCAUCCUACCUCUCCGAACCCACCCCGCAACGAACCGCCAACCUACAGAACUGGAUCUGCGAGCACAUCGACGACGAUUCAUUCCUGCAACUAUGCCAGGACGUCGAGGGCGCAUGGGUGCGGAUUGCGCUCGGGAAGUGAGUACAACUUCAGACACUAGAUACUAGGGAUUUCUGUUUCUCCUUUCCAUUGAGUAUAUCAUAUUAAUUGGCGGGAUUCAUUCGUCGAGUAUUUAUAUUGCAUAUCACAUAUUCGAUUGAGUACUUGAGUGUUUUUCAAUACUCUAUCUACCGAAGGGGGCUUGUUUGCUAGAUGUUUACGUUGCAUUGCACUGCAUUACAAUUACCCUAACCAAAGCUAUCAAGUCAAGAAACAAGACCC